GUCUGCGCGGAGCUGGAUCGCCUGAACCUCGCCUACCACGAGAAGGUCGAGCCGACCCGCCUCUACGAGUCCGUCGGAGUGGUCUUCGAUGGGCAGGCGCGGAAGCUCAGGCAUGCCGACAAGAGGGCCUGGAAGCUCUACCUGGGCCUCCAGCGCCUCAUAGGCGUAGGUGGUGCUACUGGUUACGCGCUCCGCAUCCGCUACGGGCACCUCGUGAACUUCUUCGUGCUGAUGCGGCCCGCCUUGGCGGUGCUCGACCUGGGCCACCACUUCAUCGCGGAGCACCGCGAGAGGUUCGCCAAGUUCCAGCCCGACCUCUUGGACGAGAUCCGUGACGCCAAGGGCCUGAUCUUCCUGGUGGAAGUGGGCCUCGGGGCACCGUGGGCCCCGGUCACCUACUGCAGCGACGCCAGCACCUACGGCUACGCGCUGCACGAGGCUUGCCUGUCGGACGACGAGCUGCUCGGCACCUUCAGUGCACGGGGGCGCUGGCGCUUCCUGGACGUAGAGCCUACCUUCUUGCCUGGGGCGGCUGACGGUCCACCCGCCGCUAUCGCCGCCGAGGCCACAGCUACCCUCGCGGCGGGGCUUGCGGGCGACCCCGCUUUUGAUUUUGAUGAUGAGUAUCGCGGGGCCGCCUGUCUGGACCGUCGGCCCGCGCGCACGGCCACGCUCGAGCUUGACGGGAUGGUGACUCCUGUGGCCGACGCCGUGGUCGACCGCCAUCGCUGGGCUCUUAUCGUCCGAGGUUCCUGGAGGUACGCGGCCCCGAUCCACGCGAAGGAGGCGCGCACGCAGCUGCUCGGCCUGAUCAGGGCCUCGCGGAGCACCAGGAUGCAUGGCCACCGCGUGGGCAGCAUGGGCGACAACAUGGCCGCCCUCCUCAGCUUCGAGAAGGGCCGCGCCCGUGACUUUGCCCUCAGACAGCUUUGUCGGGUCGCUGCCGCGAGGCAGAUCUCCGCCGACAUCCAGCGGCGGCAGCGGCACGUCGAUGCGGACCGCAACCCGACCGACUCCGACUCCAGAGCGGCCGACCGCGGGGAGGUACAGCCCGGGCAGCCGCAGCGGGGGCCGCCCGCUGCCCUGGCCGCCAUCGAGGCCAGCUUGGGGGACUUGGGCCUCUUGGUGACGGCCCCGGUGGACCUGAAGAACGGCUCGCAUGUCGACAUCCUGGAUUACAGGGUCUUCAAUGUCCUGGCGUCUUGGACCAGGUCUCGGAAGCUCUGGUGGGUGCACUUUGGGGCUCCGUGCAUCGCGUGGAGCCAGGCUGCUGGGGCGGCUCGCUCCCAACAUCGCCGUCAAGGGCUCCAGCUAGCCCGUCGCACCUUAGAACUCAUGAGGCUCUGCAGGGGCUUCAACGUGCACUGGUCUCUCGAGAACCCCGCGUCCUCCAAGCUGUUCACAUGGGCUCCCUUAGCAUCGUUUAUCUGCUCAGCUGAGUCUGUCAAGAUCCUCAUUCACUAUUGCCAGUACGGUUGCACAUAUAAGAAGCCUACAUUCGUCAUUUCAGAUCAUCCUGAUCUAUCGGUCAUUGGACGUGCAUGCUCUGGAGGCCACGCUCAUGAGAUCCUCGAGGGCAAAGUCUCCGUGGCCAUCGAGGGUUCAAUCCGAAGUCGGUGGAAGACCUCCUUGGCGGGUUCGUACCCACCGGCGCUGUGCCGAGCCUGGGCCAAGGCGCUGGGUGCCGUUGCGCCCUCCUCGGCCUGGCGCCGGCAUGGCGAUCCACAGGUCUCCGACGACUGGGAGGCUCACCUGGCGGCCGCUGUCGGGCGGCCCACCGGCGACCUCGUCAGGCGCGAGCCAGUCGCAGGGCCCCGCCGACGGCGGAACUACGUCGAGCCCGCCGCCCUGGCGGCCAGGAGGCGCGCCCGCGCCGAGCAGCAGCCAAGACCCUACCUCCAGACGCGCCGAGUCAGGCCCAUCACAGCCAGCAGGUACCUCGACUCCUACACGAAGUUCAAGGUCUGGGCUCAACAGCAGGGCCGCCCUCUCACGACUCACGACCUCGUCGAUCGAACACUGGAGGACUACCUCGACGCGCGCUACUUCGGAGGCAAGGCGUUGGCCGAGGGCCGCUACGCGGUGCACGGGGCCAUCCACUGCCUGCGCUACCCGAGACGGACCCCCGCCACGCUGCCGCUCAGCCGGGACGCGCUCGCCGGCUGGAGCCAGGCCGGGCCAGGGCGGGUCCGCGACCCGCUGCCGUGGGGGGCCGCUGUCCUGAUCGCCGACCGCAUGAUCCAGCAGGGGCCCCUCGGCGAAGCCGCCGCGGGGGCGCUCGCCACCAGCUUCGACGGGUACCUCCGGCCGUCCAGCGCGCUGAGGAUCAAUGGCGCCGACGUGCACGUCGCCGCGGGCGGGGUGGCCAGGGGGCACCCUCGCGUGACGGCCACCAUCGCGCCGCUCCACGCCGACGACGGAGCCGAGCUCCGCCCGCGGCUCAAGAACAACGAGCACGACAUGACGCUGAUCUUCGGAGACCAGGCGAGCUUCAAGGCCGGUCGGAGCUUCGUGGCCGACCUCCUCGUGAAGCUGAAGGGCCAGCGCCAGCCGCAUCGCCCACUCUUCCCGCUGACGCUGGCCCAGUACGAAAGGUACUUCAACGCCGCGGUCGCGGCCCUUCAGCUGCACCGCUUAGAUGUGACUCCUCACUGCGCCCGCCACGGCGGCCCGUCAGUAGACGCCGCGAGGGGCCUCCGCAGCAUCCCCGACAUUCAGCAGCGUGGGAUGUGGCGGGCCGCCUCCUCAAUCAGGCGCUACGAAAAGGCAGGCACUUUGAUGCGACAGCUUGAGAAG